CCCCGUCAGUUGUCCAUGGAUACGCGAGAGCGCGCGCUGCAGAAGAAACUUGAAGAAGCAUGCAGAAAGUUUGGAGUCAAACUAAUCUCAUCUGGACAAAGGACAGACCUGAACUCACCGAGGCUUCACAUGGACGUCCUGAAGAUGUUGGCGCUGCCUCUUCUCAUCACGUUACUGCAAAGUCCUGUGUGUCUGUCAGUGACAGUCAGCAGCAGUAAACCUAAAGUAGAGGUCCAUGAGCACUCAGACGCCGUGCUUUCCUGCGAGUUCCGGACCGAGAAAGAUCAGAGCCCUCGAAUCGAGUGGAAAAGGAAAGGGAAGGGAGUCACAUUUGUGUACUUCAAUCAGAAAUUUACUGGAUCUUAUGCAGGACGAGCAAAGAUAGAAGGAGCGACCAUGACAAUACACUCUGUCAGUCAGAAAGACUCCGGGGAGUACCGCUGUGAGGUCACUGCGAGCGAGGACCACGUCAACCUGGGAGAGGCCACCGUAACCCUGAACGUGCUCGUGCCACCUCAUGUCCCGUCCUGUGAGGUGCCGACCUCGGUGUUUGUGGGCGGAGGCCUCGACCUCCUCUGUAAGGAUAAACUCAGCGUUCCUCCUGCCACCUACCGCUGGUUCAAAGACAACAAGGCUCUGGUGGCCAACGCUGAUACUCCAUACAACAUUGACACAAACAAAGGCACUCUGAAGUUUAACAGUGUGUCCAAAGCGGAUGCAGGGAUGUACCGCUGCGAGUCCUCCAACAAUGUGGGGGUGCCAAAGAGCUGUGUGGCCCAGCAGCUGAAAGUCAUUGAAUAUCCUUUGAAUAUGACAGUUUUGAUAGCAGGAGCUGCAGGUUUUGUGACGCUCACACUCCUCUGCUGCAUCUGUGUGUGUGUCUGCCGACGCCGAGGCUGCUGCAAGAGGAACAAGAAAACAAAAAGCUCAAAGUCCUACAACCCUCCUCCACCUCCUCCUCCUCCCAUCCGCAACCUCAAGCACUACAAACAAACGCAGUCCUUCAUGAUCUGAGGAGGAAGAACUCUCUGACUAUGACUUCUACAGACAAUCGGAUGUGAAAACACACAUCUAAACGUUUGGAUUUGGAUCUCAGUCUUUCAAAUGCUUUAACAGAUAAUAUCUUUCACACAGGUGUUUUUCUUGAGUGCGUCCAAGGCAUGUCAGAAAAUCGUAUUCCAACUCCUCUCAGACGUCAGGGUCAAUGUUCAGCGAUUAUUGAUAAUAACCUGCUCAUCUCACCAACUGGGUGCUUAUCCUGGAUUAGUGUCAAAUAUAAGAAAACGGUAAGGACAGCACUCCAAACUGUUCUUUUUUAAAGCCAGCACCACAAUGAAGUUUUAGCUCUCUUAUGCCACCUACAGGCACAUCAGUGGAACACAUCCUCACUGAUGAUUUCACAAGUUUGUACAGAAUGUAUACUUCCUCUUUUUUUGUUCCAUUUUUUUUUAAUACAGAUUCAGAAGUGUUGUUUUAUAUGAUAUAUUAUCUUUUUUUAAAUCAUGUUGUGUGGUCGUGGUGAUCUUAUGAUUUGUCUUCGUUUAAUAUUUGGCUGUAUAUAAAUUCAAAUAAUGUGAAUUGAAUGGCAAAUUGAACAGGUGUCUGCACACUGAACGGUGCUGGUAAGCUCUCAGUCUAUUUCUCUUUAUUGAUUAACAUUAAAUGAAAUUGGCUGACUGGUAUUCAAGCCUAGGUAUUGGUAUUGGUACUGACUGGUAUUCAAGCAAAGCUUAAAUAUCAGUGCAAAAAAAAAAAAAGUAAUUACUCAAGUUAUACUUUUGAACUGCGAGAUCAAGAAUCUACAAUUUUUUUGUAUAUAAAGUAUUUAAUCUUGAUGACACAGUUCAUGUCCAUGAUAAUAAACUGUAAUAAGUACAUUCUGUAUGACUAAAUGUAUAUAUAUGAAAAAUAAAGUGGACACAUCUCUAAUCAGAUCAGUGUUGUGAGUGUGUUAGCAUUGAAUGCUUCCUGUGCCUUAGCCUCACAGAGCAGAAAGCAUUUCUGAUUAGGUCUUGCAACAGAGUAUUAAAAAAAUACACAAUGA